GAUCUACACGUUCUGCGCGUACUUGUCAGGCCAUCGAAACCAUGAAAAUUGCGGUGCUGCUGCUGAUCGUCUUAGUGGCGAGCGCGUGCGCCAUCGCGUUCCAAGAAGUGUGGAAAGUGUUAAAGGUGGAGUACAACACGCAGUAUUUAGCGGGAGACCAUCCUACUCACAUCUUGGAUCUGAAAUAUGUUGUGAACAAGAAAAACCUGAUUCCGAACAAGGCACAAGUUCAGCCAAGUUUUCCAGCAGUUCACGAGAAUUACGACAAACGCAAUUUGGUUUCUGCAGUAACAGCUCGCUUACAAGACCCGUGCCUGGAUAAAUUACCAGCAUAUUUAAACUGGACAGCGAAAGGAGCUGUAACGGACGUCAAGGAUCAAUAUAAGGGUUAUUGCCCCUCUGUAGGUUGGGCCUUCAGCGCUACUGGAGCUCUCGAAGCCCAACAUUUCCUGAGAACUGGCCAGCUAGAGUCUUUGUCAGAGCAGCACUUGUUAGACUGCUCAUACUUCUAUGGCAACAACAGCUGUGCCGGGGGCGACGUAGAAUGGGCCUUCGCGUUCGUCGCAGGGCACGGCGGCAUUGCUACGGAGGAAUUCUACCCUUACAACGCCAUUCCGGGCCAGUGCGGAGCAGUGCAUGACGUCACAUAUUCCAACGUGACAGUGACCGGUUUCGUACAGGCUCCGACCGAUGAGGCGAGGCUGCAGCGAUGGGUCGCUCGGUACGGGCCGGCAUCCGUCCGCGUCCACAGCCAGCUGUACAGCUUCCAGAGUUACCUGGGCGGCGUGUAUUACGACAAGGGAUGCGCUGACGCAGACCUUGAGCUCGAUCACGCGAUGCUGUUGGUGGGAUACGGCACAGAACAACCAGGUGGUGACUACUGGCUGCUCAAGAACUCUUGGGGCAUUGGCUGGGGCGAGGAUGGUUACAUGAAGCUAGCUAGAAACCGCGGCAAUCACUGUGGUAUCGCCUCGCGAGUGAUCUACCCGCUGCCGCUGCUUACUUAGUGAGGGGGAGUAGGAAUAAGGCCUGAUUUAGACGGCGUGCGAACUCGCAUGCGAUUUUAGUUACAUUGUGGGCUGUUGAGGUUACAUAGGUACAAUUUUGCACAGCCAUCAAAUACCGCAAUGUAAUAAAACUCGUAUGAGAGUUCUCGUACCGUCUAAAUGGGCCCUAAGGCGCUAUGAGGCCUCGAUCGUUCUGGUCGAACAUCUGUGAACACACCAUACCUACUGACCUCUUGGGCUGUAAAUACACUGACCUCAAAAUACACUAGUAGUCAAUAUGCUACAAUUUCAAAAUUACCUUUGCUCAUAAUACACGAGACCAUAAUUAC